AUGCCUACCUGGUGGGACUACUUACACUUCAAUCGACAAUAUCAAAACAAACGCAACCUUGAAGAAGGCCUAUUCCAAAUUGCAUCGCAAACCUGUAACAUUCUUGUCAAAGUGAACAAUACUAACAACAUAAACUUGACAAGAAAUAAUCGGAACGAUGAAUACGGCUGCGCUGGGCCACCUAAAGGGAAAAACUCUAUGCAGAUUUGCAUCCCGAAAUUUAGGAAAGAAUCCAUCACUUCUGGAUGCAACCCUGGACUCUCUACCGUGCUAGAGUCAGGGAGCGUGGGGAACGCAUCGUCAUCUGAUGAGGAGUUGGAGCAGUGGGAACAGAUCUUCAUGAUGAGAGAUGAAAACGGAAACAGUUAUCAUGACAAAAGAAAAAAACGCAGCAUAUGGUGUAGACCAUCAUGCAUUCCAGUGUCAAUAGUGAUAGUGCUAAUUGUUCUUGUUGUGUUGGUGCCACUGCUUGACCAGCCCAAUGUGGGGCAAACCAUCUCUGCCACUCUCCCUGUUGCCUUGCAUUGCUCAGAUGAGUGUAGAUUAUCAUUAGUAGAAAGUAUACCAGAGGGUCACAUGUAUCCUCCGAAUGUCACACACCUGCCCACGAAAAACGUGUGGUUAGACUUAAUAGACGAAGCUCAAGCCUCUAUAGAAAUAGCCUCUUUAUACUGGACUCUUAGGUUUAAUGAAGAAUAUCAUUAUAAUUCCUCUAUAGAGGGAGAACAAGUAUUCCAAGCUUUACUAGCCGCUGGGUCAAAACGGAAAAUUAAUUUAAAGAUUGCUCAAAAUUGGCCCACUAAGGCUUUUCCUAAUAUAGACACAGAAUAUUUAGUUAAGAAGAAAGCUGCUCAGGUGAGGAGUUUAAACUUUUCGAAGUUACUCGGAGGCGGAGUACUCCAUACAAAGUUCUGGAUCAUCGAUAGAACACAUUUCUACAUCGGUAGUGCCAACAUGGACUGGCGGUCACUCACUCAGGUAAAAGAAAUGGGUAUCGUUGCAUACAACUGCUCAUGUCUAGCGAAGGAUUUGGCGAAGAUUUUUGAAGUGUACUGGAGCCUCGGUACGCCGGAUGCGGUUGUGCCGGAUACGUGGCCCGCCGAGCUCAAUACUGAAAUCAAUAUACAGCACCCCAUCAACAUCUCAGAUGGACACCAAAACUAUGGAGCUUUUUUCACUAGCUCGCCGCCGCCUUUUAGUCCGGAGGGGCGAACGAAUGAUGACGAUGCCAUAGUGUCCAUCAUCGGUGCAGCCGAAGAGUUUGUCUACAUCUCCGUCAUGGACUACGAACCCACAACCGAGUUCACGCCGAGACUACAAUUCUGGCCGAAAAUCGACGAUGCUAUUCGCAAGUCAGCAUUAGAACAACACGUUAAAGUGAAGAUGCUUAUCAGCUGGUGGCAACACUCGCGGGUUUCAGAAGACCAUUUCCUAAGAUCCCUGGCGGCACUGUCGCAGGCCUACCCUAGAGUUGACUUGCAAGUCAGACGUUUUAUAGUCCCAUCGACGCCGGAUCAAGAGAAAAUCCCAUUCGCAAGAGUAAACCAUAACAAAUACAUGGUGACAGACAAAACUGCGUACAUCGGCACUUCAAACUGGGCGGCUGAUUAUUUUAUUGAUACCGCGGGUGUCGCAUUCGUUUUCCAUGACGAACAUGGAAUGUCUCAGAACGCCACCCAUGACAUCAGGAAGGAGCUGCAAGAGGUUUUUGAAAGGGAUUGGACUUCCCCAUACGCCGUACCUCUAAGGCGGGCGUAGUAUUAAGUAUUUUGGAUUUUACGCUAGUGUUUUUUUAAUAGUUUUUUCUUACUGUCGUAUGUGAUUUUUUCGAAGUACAAUUUUAAUUAUUGCGUAUUUAGGUCAAUUUAUAGAAAAGUUAUAGACAGUAAUACUGUCACUUUAUCCUAUGUCCCUUCAGCCCGAAUUUGAAAUUUCGAAUAAGAGUUUCAAGCCACAUGUAGCCAUGUUGAGGCGACUGGUUUGUGCCAAGUCGAGUCGAAGGAGUUUUUCUUUGCAUUUGUUCAAUAUUUACAUCAAUAAUAAAACAUUCAAUCUUAUGUUUUUAGUUAUAUAAAUAAUGUAUUUUUCUCAAAAUUAAUUAUAUAUUACGCCCAUACGUGUUGUAAGGGACGAUGUUUAAUGUUUCUUAUUGAAAUACUCGUUCUAAAUUUGAAAUUACUUUUUCGUAAUUGAAACUAAAAGUAUUCUACUUUGAAAAUGAAUGAAAGUGUUGACAAAAAAAAUUUGAAGUAUUCUGUCUGUAGAUAAUUUACCUAAUUUACUAGGUACUCUCGUGUGACCUGAUAUCCAAUUUUAGAGUGAAUAAU